AGAGGAGGGUCCGGCACGGACCAGACUUGACGUGUGUCGCCGGACCUCAGCGGCUGUCAGGAGACAACCGGCUGCCUAAAGCCGUCCCCAGCCCGAGCCCAGCGUUCCUAAGCCUGUGCCCGCGGGGCAGCGCCGAGCCACCUUCGGUUAGGCGUUCGAGGCUAGCCCGCGCGCCCUGACAGCAGGGCCGGGAGGCCUCGCGAGAUCCGUGCGCCGCACGAGCCCGACCGGCGUCUUGGGAGCGGCCGAGGUGGGAGUAGCGGGAUGGACGAGGAUCUGGUGGUCGCGUUGCGGCUGCAGGAGGAGUGGGACGUGCAGAUGGCGCGGCGCGCGGCGGCGGCGCGGGAGCCCGUGUCGUUGGUGGACGCGUCCUGGGAGCUGGUGGACCCCACCCCAGACCUGCAGGCGCUCUUCCUGCAGUUUAACGAUCGCUUCUUCUGGGGUCAGCUGGAGGCGGUGGAGGUGAAGUGGAGUGUGCGCAUGACCCUGUGUGCUGGGAUCUGCACCUAUGAAGGGAGAGGAGGCAUGUGCUCCAUCCGUCUCAGUGAGCCCCUGUUAAAACUGAGACCAAGAAAGGACCUUGUAGAGACUCUUUUGCAUGAAAUGAUACAUGCCUACUUAUUUGUCACUAAUAAUGAUAAAGACCGGGAAGGACACGGCCCAGAGUUCUGUAAACAUAUGCAUCGAAUCAACCAACUGACAGGAGCCAACAUAACGGUCUACCACACUUUCCAUGAUGAGGUGGAUGAGUAUCGCCGGCACUGGUGGCGCUGCAAUGGACCCUGCCAGCACAGACAGCCCUACUACGGCUAUGUGAAGCGUGCCACCAACAGGGCCCCCUCUGUUCAUGACUACUGGUGGGCUGACCACCAGAAAACUUGUGGAGGCACUUACAUAAAAAUCAAGGAGCCAGAGAACUAUUCGAAGAAAGGCAGAGGGAAGACAAAAGCAGACAAGCAGCCAGCAUCGGCAGUGGAGAAUAAAGACAAGCUGUGCAGAGGGGAGGCCCAGCUGCUCAUCCCAUUCAGUGGAAAAGGCUAUGUUCUUGGAGACGCAAGCACUUGCCCUUCAGCUGGGAAGCUGAACACCUCAUACAUGGUUAAUGAAGCCAAAGGUCUCUCAAGUCAAGACCAUUCAGUGAGUGGCCUGAGGCUCAAUUCCAAUGCUGAGGUGAAAUGUGAACAGAACUGUCUCCCAAAGAAACCUCAUCUUGUCAGCCCUCUUCCCACUGCUAGUCACCAAAGUGUCCUGAGCUCCUACUUCCCCAGAGUCUCUGUUGCCAACCAAAAGGCUUUCCGAAAUGUGAAUGGAUCCCCAGUAAAGAACGGGACCACUGGGGAUGGCACCAAGCGUCCUGCCUCAGGAGGCUCUCAGAGGAAGGUCCCACCUUCCAGGGCAUCCCUGAGAAAUACCUCCAAAGUCACAGCACCAGCGUCAGCAACCGUGACAUCUGCAGCUGGGACAUCCGCAACCAUAUCCCGAGAGGAGAGUGGGUCUGAAGACCAAUUCCUGAACAAGCGACCCAGGUUGGAGGACAGGACUGCUUUGGAUACUAUCAAGGAACAAACACAAAGUGGUGGUGACCUUCGGAGUAGCUCACAGCCCACAGCCGCCAGCGCUCCUCAGAGCUUGAGCAGUCAACGGCGGCUGGUCAACUGUCCAGUGUGUCAGGGCGUGGUGGUGGAGUCACAGAUUAACGAGCACUUGGACCGAUGCCUGGAAGGUAACAAAACCAACCUGCGACCUCGAAGAGUGUGAGGUGGAGUGGGUCCCACGCUGCCCGUUGGCUCAUGGUGGUGUCACCUGGCAGGUGGCAGGUGAGAGACCUGUAUCUUACAGUCUGACUGACUGCGCCAGCGCUUUAUAGACACCCAGUGAGCAACUGUAGUUUAAGUCUGCAACUCCAUAGGGGGGGAGUGUGCCUGUAAUACCAGAUGCUCAGGAAGCUGAGGCAGGAGCAUCACUCCAGCCCACGACCCUGAGGAAUGUAGGGAGCCUCUGUCUCAGGAGCUUCCGUGUCAGUGUGCUGUGUCCAUCCACGCCUUACCAGGACAUGGCUCCCUUUGUCCCGUGACCGCGUAUGGCUUUAUGUACUUUUGGGUCGUUUUGUUUUGUUCAUGAAGGUUUAGAGUGCUUCUGUUUUUAUGCUCAGGGUAGUCUUAUCUGGAGUCCCUGACAGCUGAAUACUGUUAACGCGAAGCCCCAUCCUCUAAGCCGAUGUUCAUCAUUUUGAGGUCUGACACUUUGUUCAGAUAGUAUGAAACUGUAGUUGUCCUAAAAGGACUCAAGAGUUCUCUUUAAAUCCUAACAGCUUUCUGUAGUUUAAAAGAUUUGACUUUCUACAUAAAGGUGGCACCAAAUUUUAGACUUCUAUAUUCUUAGUAACUUAUAUUUUAAAUAGAAUAUAUUUAUGUAUAUAAUUUGUCCUACUUUUACUAAAAAGUGGCAGCAGAUUUUAAAGACUCAUAUAUUUAAAAGAAUUUUUCUAGUUAAUGAUAACUCAUGUUUAAAAUCCCAGUACUUGGGAAGCUGAGGCAGGGAGAUGGCUGAGGGGGUUUGAAGCCAGCCUAGGCUUAAGCUCCAGUGUGGGCUAUGAUGAGACCAUGUCUCAAAGUUUUUGUUUGGGCUUUUUUCCUCCUUCCUUCCUUCCUUCCCUCCCUCCGUCCCUCCCUCCCUCCCUUCCUUCCUUCCUUCCUUCCUUUUUUCCCCUCUGUCCCAUCUUUAUUUACCAAGCAGCGGUUGCAGAAUUGAGAGUAAAGUGGAUACCGAAUGUACAGUGCAGUUGUUUUGGAAUGUUAAAGUGGUUACUUGGUUCUGCAGGCCAGAUUUGAUGGGAACGUAAGUGAAUGGUUUAAACUUGGUGCUAAAAUGUAACUGAUGUAUAACAUCUCACCAAGCUGCCUGAUUCCUUGGAGAGCAGAAAAUGCCUAGGCAGCACUGUGAACUCUACACCAAAGUGCGAGCAAAGAUGACCAUCUGAGCUCUGGAAGGUUGUGUCUGUCUGCAUCCGGGCAGGGGACGCAGACAUGUGGCUCAGUUUAUCUUGUCUCCUGUCUGUUCCUCCACCUUGCUGACUUUGCUACACGGUGCAUAAAUCUUGUGCAUUUUGGGGUGAACCUGGUUUGUCCGGUGUUCCCCUGUAUAAUUUCCUCCAUUACGUCCCCCAGGGGAGCUGGGGGAGUCCUGCUGUAGUUGACCCUUCACAGGGCCUGCCUUCUCCAUCCCCAGAGGUCACAGUUUGUUACCAGAGAGUGUGAAGGUAGUUUCUUUGUUACCGUGUAGGCUUAUUUUCAUUCCUUUGUAGAAUUUAAAGAUAGCUAGAAGUUUCCUCCCUCACCCCAGUAUUAUUGAACCAUUGGAAGUGUCCCAGUGCAGGGCUAAGCAAUGCUGACAACAGCCACUCAGGAGUGGACGUCACAGGGUGUCUGUGGUCAGCUCUAUCCAACUCUCCUCCCAGCAGUGGCCACUGUGGCCUUUCAGCAUCCCUGACAGGGUCUUUAGGUGCAGGAUUGGGUGACAAGUUUUGCUAUUUCUUAAAGCAUGAAGUUAAUAGUAUUUAAUGUUUAUAGGUAAAUAGCUAUUAAAGGUUUUUUUGGAUAUAUGCCAUAUUUUCACUAAUUUAACAGGUUAUAGACAAUUAAAUAUUUUUGUGCCAAACUACCUAAGUUCUAGGGCUAUGAAACAAAUUAGGUGGUAGUUCACACCUUUCAGGAGCUACAUCCUCAGUGAGGGAAACCUGCAGAUUAAUAUUGGUGCUUUGUGAUGGUGCUGGGUCAGGGUUUUACUCUGGCACUGGUUUUGAGUUGAGUUAGCUUGUUAAGGAAGGGGAAGGGCCUCAGGCUGGGAGAGAACUGGGUACAUCCUGUAGAAACACAAGAUGGUGAGCUGGAUGGAAUGUGAGAUUUGAGCAGAGGGCAGGAGGGAGGGAGAGUGUAGACAGGUUGAGGGUGGGACUGCACCUGCUGUGUCUGUCUACUAACCACCUGUGCAGAGUAGCCAGGUGCAGUCUCGGCAACACCAGCUUCUCAGCAUGGUGAGAAUGCUAGAAAGUGGGAAUGUAAUGAGCCUGUAGUUGUUACGAAGAUUUGCCCCUAAGAGUAGUUACCCUUUUAUCUGUCAUUUUAUCAGUGAAAUGUGGAUUUUGUUUGUAUUUUCCCACUGGAAGGAAAUUUCUAACCUCACAGUGGAGCUGAAGUUGGUUCAGCUCCACACUUUAGGGCCACAGCUGUACUCCUGUUUUACAGAAUUUGUGCUUACAUCCCAGUUCCAUGCUAGUAAAAAGCAGUGUGAGAAACCUUUCCUUGGCUUUGCCCAACUGAGUCCACAUCCUAACUGGGACCUCUGAAGAAAAGGGAAAAACAUUAAAACCCCAUUCUGUCUUGUUCCAAAGCUCUAAGAUUGUAUUUUUUUUUCAAAGCUUUACAGAAUUUAAAAAUAAACAGUGUUUUGAUGUAAA